AUUUUCUUUUAGUUUGGGCCUAUCUAUUUCUUCCUCUUUCCUGAUCUGAGCAGUGAGCAGUGAGCAGAGAGGGCUCUCUUCCGGAUUCAUCAGCUCGAGCUUCUGCAGUACGAUAAUGGCUGAAAAAGAAUCUGAGUACGACGAUACUUCAGACUCGAACCAGUCUGCGAUCAGUCUUUCAAACUCGAAGAUCAGUCGACGCACCCUAGCACCACCGCCUACGCCUCCGCUGGUGGUCUUGAAAUCACCUGCUUUAGCGAGCUCGUCGAUGACGCUACCUUCCACUUCCAAAUCAUUCUUUUCCCUAAACAGAUAUAUGCAUGGAUCGGUUGCAACUCUACGAAAUUCGGUGACUUGUACGCAGCUGCAUCGACACGACCUCAACACGGUCGGUGUGACUUCCAUUCUUGGAGGUUCUUCAGAUAACACCGGUUCUGGAAUCGCUAGGCGAUUAGUGUUAAAAACUGAUCUUAAUAUAAUUUUUGCUUGCAAUAUCCCAAAGAAUAGGCCCCUGCUUGACGUUUGAUAUGUUCCUCUACCAUUCUUUCUCUGUCUCUAUCAUAUGUCAUAAUAAUGCAUUGAAGUUUCUUGUUGGUAGAAUCUUGUCAUUUAUUUAUUUUUUCUUGGUUUUGUUUUCACCCAAGGACUAUAGGACAUAUAUUAAUUUCAUUUCAAGAGCUUGGGGGGUACGAUGGCCCCCCUAUCCCUACUUAUCCUCCGUCCCUGUUUGCACCCAGUUCUGGUAUUAGAGAGAUUGUUUGUUUGAGUAUUCUCACAUUCCUUUCACAUUUUAAGAUUUUCAUUUUGCAUUUGACACAAGUUUUUAAAUUUUGCCCUGAACCCAUAUCCAGACCUGUGGCCUGUGGGAAAACUUAAUGGAUUUUAACCAUUGGUAGACCAAUAACUUUCCCAUGUGAGUGAGAGUGGUGGGAAGACAAGCAUAUUGCUGGUUAAUUGCUCUAAUAGCCCUACACCCUCUUUCCAAUUCAAGUAAAGAGGGGAGCUUUGUCUACUAAUUUCAUCUGCUGUGACAUAUUCUAGCAUGCUUUGGAACAUGAUGUCGUUGAUUGUACAUUUGCCCGUUUCUUCCUUGGGAUUUUAGGCAAAUGCUGAAAAGAAGCUGAUGGAAAAGUUAAUUAGUUUGGGAUACACGCAGCCAAGAUGGUGUUGUGAGAAUUUACUUUCAUGGAAAAAGCUUCUAUCUUCAUCCCCCUGAACAUAACAACAAGGUGUGUCUAACUGCACCAACACCUGGUGGUUCUUUCUCCUUAACUCCACUUUAUUGGUUUGGAAAGUAAACCUCCAAAUGACAAAAUACCGGCUAUGAUUCCCUAGUUGUUACUGAUUUGUGUUCUAUGAUCUAUAUCUGCUAUGAGCUUUGCUAGGGAAGAUUUGUUUUUGUAAAUUGUCAGCACCAAUUUUCAACUGAAUUUUUAGUUGAUGGAUCAUUGUAUUUUUACGUUGAGGAAUUAUUGGACAAUGCUUUUUGC